CGAGGCCUAUGUGACCAUUCUCUAAAAUAUUUAAGCUCAAGAAUCACGGAGCGGAAGCUGCAGGGCACAUGGCUGCCCGCUGGCCGAGGGAAUCUGGAGAAACCAUUCCUGGGACCUCGUGGCUCUGUCGUGCCUGUAUUCAGCCCCCAGAAUGGCCUUCACUCCGUCCAUGCUGAGAACAGCCCGCUGAAGCCCAGGGUCGUGACCGUGGUGAAGCUGGGUGGGCACCCCCUCCGGAAGAUCACCCUGCUUCUCAACAGACGGUCGGUGCAGACCUUCGAGCAGCUCUUAGCGGACGUCUCAGAGGCCCUGGGCUUUCCGAGAUGGAAGAGUGAUCGCGUGAGGAAACUGUUUAACCUCAAGGGCAGGGAAAUCAAGAGUGUCUCUGAUUUCUUCAGGGAAGGGGAUGCUUUCAUAGCUAUGGGCAAAGAACCGUUGACACUGAAGAACAUUCAGGUGGCUCUAGAAGAACUGUACCCCAAUAAAGCCCGGGCCUUGACAUUGACCCAGCACAGCCGGGUCCCUUCUCCAAGGCUGAAAAGCAGGCUUUAUAGCAAGGCUCUGAAAGAGGGUCUCCACUGUGGGAAGACAGAGACCGCCAAGACCUGCAGCGAGGCUACCGGGUCCAAGGCAGCCAUCAGACACCAAGGGAAGACCCCCGUGGAGCUGGCACAGGAGGACAGGGCAAGGGCCCAGAAGAAGUGGGUGAGGGGGAAAUGGGAGCCUGAACCCGGUAGCAAGCCACCCAGGGAAGCCACUCUGGAGAGGCAUGCAAGCGGAGAGAAGCACCUGGGGGUGGAGAUCGAAAAGACCUCGGGUGAAAUUAUCAGAUGUGAGAAGUGCAAGAGAGAGAGAGAGCUCCAGCAGAGCCUACAGAGGGAGAGGCUCUCCCUGGGGACCAGCCAGCUGGACAUGGGGAAGUGCCAAAGGUAUGACGUGGAGAAGCUGGUGAGGACGAGAAGCUGCAGGAGGUCCCCCGAGGCGAACCCUCCAGGUGGGGAGGAAGGGAGGAAGGGUGACAGCCACAGGAGCAGUCCCAGGAACCCCACUCAGGAGCUGAGGAGACCCAGCAAAAUCACGGACAAGAAGGAGGACAGAGACCCUGAAGGUCAGGAAGGUCAUCCUCAAGCAGCAGCCAAGGCUAAGAAGGAUCCCUUGGAAGUUCAGCCCGUCAGAGAGGAGGGGCUGAGGGACGUGAAGAAGGACACUAGGAACGUUUGCAGGACCAAGCAUGGUGGCUGGCUCCUGCGGGAGCGCCAGGCCGACUCUGAGAAGCUCCCCAGGACCCGAGGGGAGGAGCAGGAGGCAGAGAAGGAGAAAAAGCCAUGUGUGUCAGGAGGGAGAAAGAUGGUUCCCAGAGAGGACCAACCCGCAAGGGUAGAGAAGGAGCCCAAGACGAGGCCAGAGGAAAAGAAGCCAGAGCGGCUCAGUGGCCGGAAGCGGAGGCCCCCGGGCAUCAUCUCGGCCAAUGUGGAGAAGCAUUACGAGAUGGGCCGGGUCAUUGGGGACGGAAACUUCGCCAUGGUGAAGGAGUGCAGGCACCGCGAAACCAGGCAGGCCUAUGCCAUGAAGAUCAUCGACAAGUCCAAACUCAAGGGUAAGGAGGACAUGGUUGACAGUGAGAUCUUAAUUAUCCAGAGCCUCUCUCAUCCCAACAUAGUGAAAUUGCAUGAAGUGUACGAGACAGAAACGGAAAUCUACCUGAUCAUGGAGUAUGUGCGGGGAGGGGACCUUUUUGACGCCAUCAUAGAAAGUGUGAAGUUCCCAGAGCGGGACGCUGCCCUCAUGCUCAUGGACUUGUGUAAGGCACUCGUCCACAUGCACGACAAGAGCAUCGUCCACCGGGAUCUCAAGCCAGAAAACCUAUUGGUUCAGCGAAAUGAGGACAAAUCUACCACCUUGAAACUGGCUGAUUUUGGCCUUGCAAAGCAUGUGGUGAGACCUAUAUUUACUGUGUGUGGGACUCCGACUUACGUAGCUCCUGAAAUUCUUUCUGAGAAAGGUUACGGGCUGGAGGUGGACAUGUGGGCCGCAGGCGUGAUCCUCUACAUCCUGCUGUGUGGCUUUCCCCCCUUUCGCAGCCCAGAGAGGGACCAGGACGAGCUCUUCAACAUCAUCCAGCUGGGCCGCUUUGAGUUCCUGGCCCCUUACUGGGACAAUAUCUCUGACGCUGCCAAAGAUCUGGUGAGCCGAUUGCUGGUGGUAGACCCCAAAAAGCGCUACACGGCCCACCAGGUUCUUCAGCACCCCUGGAUUGAAGCUGUUGGAAAGACCUACACAGCAAACCUACAAAAGGAGGUGUCCCCUAGCAGCGAGGGCCACUUCCGGAGCCAGCACAAGCGGGCUGCAGAGCAGCCAUCGUAGUCACCGCCUUGGGCACCUGUUCAGCAACCCCCCGCCCCGACCCUGUUCUGCUCAAGGACAGAGAACAGGAGAGAAGUCUAGGAGAAAAACAAUGAAAAGGGCUUCUUCACAUAAUUGGAAAAUCAGGGGAAGGAGAGACACUCAGUAUAUUUUAAAGCAUAUUUGAAAAAAUAAACUUGAGUCUUGAUGUUAAAUGUUGUAACAUAUUUUUAGAUUUGUAUAUUUGAAGCCUUUAAUACAUUUUUUUUGGGGGGGAGAGACUUGUUAUUAGCAAGGAAUUUUUAGUAAUAAUAGUGUGUUUUGCUUCCUCCUUGUAAUCAAGUUCAUGGUAUACGACAUGAGUGGUGCUUCCCAGGGUCUAAACUCCCCCUGUGAGAUUAAUAAGGCAAAUGGUGGUCUUUCUAUGUUAAUAAAAUGUGCUCUGAAUGACUGAAGUGGGUCGUAUUCUGAUUACUUCUUAAUGCUGCUGAUGAAGCCAGGGAAUUAUGGUUCAGACGUGCCUCCUGAAGCCAACAUGACUACAUGUAAAUGUUGUGAAGGACACUUUAUUAGCUGGCAAGAUCUGUUUAUUUAGGAUGUGCUGGUCUUGAUCUCUAGCAUUUUAGUCUUACUGAAUAUCAGAUUUGGUGCAGUCUGAAAAAUGGAAAGAAAAAAAUCA